AUGGCCGCCACCAUCAAUCCGGUCCAGUCUACCGACUCUGCAUCUUCCACCUCUUCCACCAUCCGCGCCAAAUCUCCUCUGCGACAAAACGGUUUUGCCGUCGCACACCUCCCUUCCUCCUCCUCCACUUCGAAUACUCACAACCACACUUCAGGAAUGACUGCCAACGGAGAUCACAAUCCCACUGGCCAGUAUCUCAGUCGAUCUAGGACCACGACUGGGAGCAGCACAAUCACACUCAAGCCACAAUCUCACUCAAGACCACCCACCCAUAGCACAGGCGCAAUGGGCAAUGGUGGUUCGGCAGACAGCGACGGAGACGUCGAGAUGGAAGAAGGCGGAGCAUCAGCAGGCGCUGAUCAGUACUCUUCGAGUUCUCAGCAACCGCUACCCAUCCCACGUGUUCAGGAGCCCAGAUCUGUAGAGACUCGAGCUGGGACCACGGCCUCGCAAACACCUAGCGACCUGUCUACACCUCCUGAUGUGGUAGCCCGCGGUCACCAUGGCUCCGAGGUAGGACUCAAGACACCUUCUUCGUCCAGCUCUGCCAGUCGCAGCGGCGGCGUGAAGCUGCCGCCUCUGUCCUCGAUGAGUCCCAGCUUUGCAAGUACCCACAGAGUCUCUGCACACUGGUCACCAAGCCGUGGUUCGGACCCUCACCUAUACUCCAUCUCGAGCGGCAGCUUCUCCUAUUCGAGCGUCAAGCCAUACUUGAGCACCUCAUUCAGGACUUCUGCUGAGCGCUCCGGCUCUGCACAAGUCGACGAUCAGGACGAUGAGGAUCUCGACGAUGACGUCUUCGGUCACACUUCAGGAGGACUGGUGCUGCAGGAUCCGAAUCCAGGCUAUUCGUCUCGAGGUAGGGCACGAGGAGCUGCUGGAGCACCGGGGGACUUGGAAGGCGAAGGUGACAUGGCCGGCGUCUUUAGCUUCUCGAGUCCCUACCUUCGGCCUCAAUCGGCAGACGAUCACGUCCCCGGUCUACCGCCCUCGCCCCCUGAGAGUCAUGCUCGUUCGAGCUCGAAGCAACGAGGAGCGCCUCCCCCCGAUCGCGUCCUCUCGCCCAGCUGGACAGCGAAGUCGCUUCAGCGGAUGACGAUCGGUGGCGGUGGGGUUGAAAUGACCCCUUCGACAAGCGUUGGUGCGGGGUCUUCCUCCAACACGCCGGGCAGCAGUGGCGUAGGCGCAAACAGGCGAUACGAUCGGACUGCCCGUCCCUCGCACAUGCACCAUCCUCACUCGUACGCACAUUCGCACUCGGCAUUCAGCAAGUCGUUGCCUUCUGGCUCUGCACAAGCGGCACGUAGGUUGUCCUCGAGUCGCCUACCAAGACCCGCAAUGCCUCCGACCUCUGUCAGCGCCUACUCCACAAGUCCUGGAGGGGCAGCGACUUUCGGCAGUGCUACCCUCUACUCGCGCAGUCCUUCCAACAAUAGCCCAUAUGCGAGGAGUCCUGGUACAGGAGUAGGCUUUGCGGGUGGUCUCCGUCCUUCUCCGUAUCAUACUUCCUCGAGCAGUCGUGUAGCUGGUGUGAACACGACGUAUGCCAUGGACGUGCCUCGUGGACGAGAGCGAUCCAGAUCAAGACAGCGUUGGGCUAUCCCUCGACCCGAGGCUAACAGAGCGUACGGCGAAGACGACGAGGGUGAGGAAGAUGACGAUGAUGAGACGGACGAUGAGAUGAUGCUCCCUGGACAAGUCGACGACGACAUCGACGUUGACCACGACAGUGAUGCGAGGACUGCCCGACCACGUAUGGCUGCCAUCGGUAUUGCCGGCUCCUCCCCGCGCAAUGACCAGAGACGCUUCGCCCCGUCCUCCAUGCCAAACUACGCUGCUCCAGUCUCGAGCAAUCGCCUCUCUGGUGGAGCUCAUCCUCCCUCUGCCGCUGGCGCUGCCGCUGCAAAAGCAAGCUACGCAAGCGAGGUAGACGACGACGGUACUGGUCCCGCUCCAGAUGAGAUGACUGAAGUGUCCCUCAUCCGUGACCGUCUUGGCGGAGCCGCCAACUGUGCCGCUUUUAUUGCCAAGCUCUGGUUCCUCGUCACUCGCCCAGGGCGCUAUGGGCGUUACUUGCACUGGAACACGACAGGCUCGACUGUCAUCCUUACUACGGACCCGGACAUCUCGAAUGAGUUUGCCUCCGAGGUGCUGCCGAGGUUGUGGAACCAUGCAAAUUACUCGAGCUUCAUACGACAGAUGAACCUGUAUGGAUUCCAGCGACUGCCCUCUUCCCGCAUACUAGAAGGCGCUGAAGUGCAAGCGGCGCAUGAAGCUGGACUAAAGGCCUUUGGCUCUGCCACCUCUGCUGCUUCUAGUGGUGGUGAGCAAACCAACAGUAUCAAUGAAUUCAGCACAGCACAACAGCUCUAUGGUCCCCACAGCUCCUUUUUGCACCCCAAGUUCGUCAGGGGUCGAGAGGACUUACUGCCCAUGCUCAAGCCGAGGAAUGCAAAGAAGCCCAAGGCGGGAGGAGGAGGAGGUGUGGGAGGAGCUGCAGGCGCGGGCGGGGGAGGAGCAGGAGGGGUGGAGGGUGGAGAUGAUGAGUGA